GUAUCACUCUCUUCUUGAGCUGGGAGAAAAACGUAAAGGCAUGUUGGAAAAGAGCUGCAAGAAAUUCAUGCUCUUCCGCGAAGCUAACGAGCUUCAGCAGUGGAUCAAUGAGAAGGAAGCUGCACUCACCAAUGAGGAAGUGGCCAGCCAGCUGCUUAUCUUGUAUCACUCUCUUCUUGAGCUGGGAGAAAAACGUAAAGGCAUGUUGGAAAAGAGCUGCAAGAAAUUCAUGCUCUUCCGCGAAGCUAACGAGCUUCAGCAGUGGAUCAAUGAGAAGGAAGCUGCACUCACCAAUGAGGAAGUGGGUGCUGAUCUGGAGCAGGUGGAGGUGCUACAGAAGAAAUUUGAUGAUUUUCAGAAGGAUUUAAAAGCAAACGAGUCACGUCUGAAGGACAUAAAUAAGGUUGCAAAGGACCUGGAGUCAGACAGGCUCAUAGCAGAUGAAGUUCAAGCAGUGCAGCAACAGGAAGUCUACGGGAUGAUGCCCAGGGAUGAAACUGAUUCUAAGACAGCCUCUCCUUGGAAGUCUGCACGUAUGAUGGUACACACAGUGGCAACCUUUAACUCAAUUAAGGAGCUGAACGAGCGCUGGAGAGCCCUGCAGCAGCUGGCAGAGGAGAGGAGCCAGCUCCUGGGCAGUGCCCAUGAAGUCCAGAGAUUCCACAGAGAUGCUGAUGAAACCAAAGAAUGGAUAGAGGAGAAGAAUCAAGCAUUAAAUACAGACAACUAUGGGCAUGACUUGGCCAGUGUGCAGGCUCUGCAGCGCAAGCAUGAAGGCUUUGAGAGAGACUUGGCAGCUCUUGGAGACAAGGUCAAUUCUCUUGGUGAAACUGCCCAGCGUCUGAUCCAGUCACAUCCAGAAGCUGCUGAAGAUCUCCAGGAAAAAUGUACGGAGUUGAAUCAGGCUUGGAAUAGCCUGGGAAAACGUGCUGACCAGCGCAAAGAGAAGCUUGGGGAUUCUCACGACCUGCAGCGUUUCCUCAGUGACUUCAGGGACCUUAUGUCUUGGAUCAAUGGAAUCCGGGGCCUGGUCUCCUCAGAUGAACUUGCAAAGGAUGUGACCGGAGCUGAAGCUUUAUUGGAAAGACACCAGGAGCACCGCACUGAAAUAGAUGCAAGGGCUGGCACUUUUCAGGCCUUUGAACAGUUUGGACAACAGCUUCUGGCUCAUGGACAUUAUGCCAGCCCAGAGAUCAAGGAGAAACUGGAUAUUCUAGAUCAGGAACGGACAGACCUGGAGAAGGCCUGGGUCCAGCGCAGGAUGAUGCUGGACCAAUGCCUAGAACUACAGCUGUUUCAUCGGGACUGUGAACAAGCUGAGAACUGGAUGGCUGCCCGAGAGGCCUUCCUGAACACAGAAGAUAAAGGAGACUCCUUGGACAGUGUGGAGGCACUCAUCAAGAAACAUGAAGAUUUUGAUAAGGCAAUCAAUGUCCAGGAAGAGAAAAUUGCUGUCUUACAGUCUUUUGCUGACCAGUUGAUCUCUGCUGAUCAUUAUGCCAAAGGAGUCAUUGCAACCAGAAGGAAUGAGGUUCUGGAUAGGUGGCUUCGGCUGAAAGCUCAAAUGAUUGAAAAGAGAUCAAAGCUGGGAGAGUCUCAGACACUCCAGCAGUUCAGUCGGGAUGUGGAUGAAAUAGAAGCUUGGAUCAGUGAAAAGCUCCAGACUGCAAGUGAUGAGUCAUACAAGGAUCCCACAAAUAUCCAGCUUUCCAAACUGCUGAGCAAGCACCAGAAGCACCAGGCCUUUGAAGCUGAGCUCCACGCCAACGCAGACCGGAUCCGCGGGGUCAUCGACAUGGGGAACUCGCUGAUUGAAAGAGGAGCCUGUGCUGGCAGUGAGGAUGCUGUGAAGGCACGUCUGGCUGCCCUGGCUGACCAGUGGCAAUUCCUGGUACAGAAAUCAGCAGAGAAGAGUCAGAAGCUGAAAGAAGCCAAUAAGCAACAGAAUUUCAAUACUGGAAUCAAGGACUUUGAUUUCUGGCUUUCAGAGGUGGAGGCUUUGUUGGCAUCUGAAGAUUAUGGGAAGGACUUGGCAUCAGUUAAUAACCUUCUGAAGAAACACCAGUUACUGGAAGCUGAUAUAUCUGCUCAUGAGGAUCGUCUGAAGGACCUGAACAGCCAGGCUGACAGUUUGAUGACCAGCAGUGCUUUUGAUACAUCCCAAGUCAAGGACAAACGUGAGACCAUCAACGGCCGUUUCCAGAGGAUCAAGAGCAUGGCAGCCGCGCGCCGGGCAAAGCUGAACGAGUCCCACCGCCUGCACCAGUUCUUCCGGGACAUGGAUGAUGAGGAAUCCUGGAUCAAAGAGAAGAAGCUGUUGGUUAGCUCAGAGGAUUAUGGCAGAGACCUCACAGGUGUGCAGAACCUCAGGAAAAAGCACAAGCGCUUAGAAGCAGAAUUAGCUGCCCAUGAACCUGCCAUCCAGGGUGUUCUGGACACUGGUAAGAAGCUUUCAGAUGAUAACACAAUUGGAAAGGAGGAGAUACAGCAAAGACUGGCUCAGUUUGUGGAUCACUGGAAAGAGUUAAAACAGCUGGCAGCUGCUAGGGGGCAGCGUCUGGAGGAGUCUCUGGAGUACCAGCAGUUUGUGGCAAAUGUUGAGGAAGAAGAAGCCUGGAUCAAUGAGAAGAUGACACUGGUAGCCAGUGAGGAUUAUGGGGACACCCUUGCUGCUAUCCAGGGCCUGCUGAAGAAGCAUGAAGCAUUUGAGACUGAUUUCACUGUGCACAAAGACAGAGUGAAUGAUGUUUGUGCUAAUGGGGAGGAUCUUAUCAAAAAGAACAAUCACCACGUGGAGAGCAUUACUGCAAAGAUGAAGGGCCUGAAAGGCAAGGUGUCAGAUCUGGAGAAAGCAGCAGCUCAGAGGAAAGCCAAACUGGAUGAGAACUCUGCCUUCCUCCAGUUCAACUGGAAGGCAGAUGUAGUGGAGUCCUGGAUAGGUGAGAAGGAAAACAGUCUGAAGACAGAUGAUUAUGGACGUGACCUGUCUUCUGUGCAAACACUGCUCACCAAACAGGAAACUUUUGAUGCUGGACUUCAGGCUUUCCAGCAAGAGGGAAUUGCAAACAUCACUGCUCUGAAAGACCAGCUCCUUGCAGCCAAACAUAUCCAGUCCAGGGCCAUUGAGGCUCGACACGCUUCCUUGAUGAAGCGCUGGAAUCAGCUGCUUGCCAACUCUGCUGCCAGGAAAAAGAAGCUCUUGGAGGCUCAGGAGCAUUUCAGAAAGGUUGAGGAUCUGUUCCUGACGUUUGCAAAGAAGGCAUCUGCCUUCAACAGCUGGUUUGAGAAUGCUGAGGAGGACCUGACGGAUCCCGUGCGCUGCAACUCGCUGGAGGAGAUCAAAGCCCUGCGAGAAGCUCACGACGCUUUUCGUUCUUCACUCAGUUCUGCCCAGGCUGAUUUCAACCAGCUGGCAGAGCUGGAUCGCCAGAUCAAAAGCUUCCGUGUGGCCUCCAACCCCUACACUUGGUUUACCAUGGAGGCUCUUGAGGAAACCUGGAGGAAUCUGCAGAAAAUUAUCAAGGAACGUGAACUGGAGCUGCAGAAGGAGCAGAGAAGGCAGGAAGAAAAUGACAAAUUGCGGCAGGAAUUUGCUCAGCACGCAAAUGCUUUUCAUCAGUGGAUUCAGGAGACCAGGACUUACCUGCUAGAUGGCAUAGCAUAUCGUCGUGUCAUUCGUGUCUAUCAGUAUGAAGUUGGGGAUGAUCUAUCUGGAAGGUCUUGUAUGGUGGAAGAAUCAGGAACACUGGAAUCACAGUUGGAAGCUACUAAACGCAAGCACCAGGAGAUCCGAGCUAUGAGGAGCCAGCUGAAGAAGAUUGAGGACCUUGGAGCAGCCAUGGAAGAGGCACUUAUCCUGGACAACAAAUACACAGAACACAGCACUGUGGGGCUGGCACAGCAGUGGGACCAACUGGACCAGCUGGGGAUGAGGAUGCAGCACAACCUGGAGCAGCAGAUUCAGGCUCGAAACACAACAGGAGUCACUGAGGAGGCCCUGAAGGAGUUCAGCAUGAUGUUCAAGCACUUUGACAAGGACAAAUCUGGGAGACUUAAUCACCAGGAGUUUAAGUCCUGCCUGCGAUCUCUGGGCUAUGACCUGCCUAUGGUUGAGGAAGGAGAACCAGACCCAGAGUUCGAGUCCAUCCUUGACACUGUGGAUCCCAACAGGGAUGGGCACGUCUCUCUGCAGGAGUACAUGGCCUUCAUGAUCAGCAGAGAAACGGAGAACGUGAAAUCCAGCGAGGAGAUCGAGAGCGCCUUCCGUGCCCUCAGCUCUGAGGGGAAGCCCUACGUGACCAAGGAGGAGCUCUACCAGAACCUGACCCGGGAACAAGCCGAUUACUGCAUCUCUCACAUGAAGCCCUACAUGGAUGGCAAGGGCAGAGAGCUUCCCUCUGCCUACGACUACAUAGAAUUCACACGUUCACUCUUUGUGAAUUGAUCUCCAACACUAGUACCAAAAGAUGCAAAGAACAUGCUCACGUUUGCUGACUGUAGCUCUGCAUGUGUCUCUCUCUCUCUGUGCUCUACCAUAAUCAAUGUUACUUUAUGAUGUAACCUUAAACUGCUUAGCAUAAGAUUCUUAGGGAAAACAACCAUGUUGCAGUGUGCUUCAAUAAAAGUUACUGGUCGAACCACA